CUCUCCGGCUGCUUCCGGUGUGGCGCCGAGGAGGGAGUGAGGGAGCGGUAAGAUGGCGGCAGCGGCGGUGCUGGAGUUCCAGCGCGCCCAGUCCCUGCUCUCCACGGACCGCGAGGCCUCCAUCGGCAUCCUGCACUCCAUAGUGAAACGUGAUGUCCAGGAGAAUGAUGAAGAAGCGGUGCAAGUCAAGGAGCAGAGCAUCCUGGAGCUGGGCUCGCUUUUGGCCAAGACUGGGCAGGCAGAAGAGCUGGGAGGACUCCUGAAGUAUGUUCGACCCUUCUUGAACUCCAUCAGCAAAGCAAAGGCUGCCCGCUUAGUGCGAUCCCUGCUUGAUCUGUUCCUUGAUAUGGAGGCAGCAACAGGACAGGAGGUUGACCUGUGUUUAGAGUGUAUUGAAUGGGCCAAAUCAGAGAAGAGGACUUUCCUACGUCAGGCUCUGGAGGCGAGGCUGGUCUCUUUGUACUUCGAUACCAAGAGGUAUCAAGAAGCACUGCAACUAGGCUCUCAGCUUCUUCGGGAAUUGAAAAAGAUGGAUGACAAGGCAUUGCUGGUGGAAGUGCAGCUGCUAGAAAGUAAGACUUACCAUGCCCUGAGCAAUCUGCCAAAAGCAAGAGCAGCCUUAACCUCUGCACGAACCACAGCCAACGCAAUCUACUGUCCACCCAAGCUGCAAGCAGCGUUAGACAUGCAGUCAGGUAUUAUCCAUGCAGCAGAAGAGAAAGACUGGAAAACAGCUUAUUCAUAUUUUUAUGAGGCGUUUGAGGGAUAUGAUUCAAUUGACAACCCAAAAGCCAUCACUGCGCUCAAAUACAUGUUGCUGUGCAAAAUCAUGCUGAACAUCCCAGAAGAUGUGCAAGCAUUAGUGAGUGGGAAGCUCGCUCUGCGGUAUGCGGGAAGACAGACAGAAGCACUAAAAUGUGUGGCACAGGCCAGCAAGAACCGAUCACUGGCUGAUUUUGAAAAGGCUCUGACAGACUAUAAGGUGGAGCUCAGGGACGACCCCAUCAUUAACACUCACUUGGCUAAGCUCUACGAUAACUUAUUGGAACAGAACCUGAUCAGAGUCAUCGAACCCUUCUCCAGAGUACAGAUUGAACACAUAUCCAGCCUCAUCAAGUUGUCAAAGGCUGAGGUAGAAAGGAAACUGUCACAAAUGAUCUUGGACAAGAAAUUUCAUGGCAUCCUUGACCAAGGCGAGGGAGUCCUCAUCAUCUUCGACGAACCCCCUGUAGACAAAACAUACGAAGCAGCCCUCGAGACUAUUCAGAACAUGAGUAAAGUAGUGGAUUCGCUCUACAACAAAGCCAAGAAGCUAACAUAGAGCUGAAUUUGCUGUCAUGUGGAGCGUGUGUGUGACAGGAGAGUGAAACCUUUGGGAAAUGUUAGGAGACUUGAUUUUUUUUUUCCUUUUUUUUUUCUUUCCUUUUUCUCUUUGUUCUACUUUUCGCUCGGAAAGUUUUUAAACUUCCUCAUCCAGUGCAUCCUGUAUCCAUAUGAUGCGUGUUCCAGUUCCCAUGUAAUCUUUACUGGCCGGACUUUGUAUCUGGGGGGGGAAUAUUGUUUAAACAAAGAGGGUAUUCUAAAUAAAAGGAAAAAGGCUUACGCUACCUAAA